GAUGGGAGAUCCAUGGGGGAGGGGAGCUCACUCUGUUGUCACUGGCCAGAGAGAGAGAGAGAGAGAGAGAGGGAGGGAGAGAGGGAGGGAGGGAGAGAGGUAGAGCGAGAGCAGAGUUGUGUCCCAUAUGUGGGAAAAAAGCAUAGCAGUGCACACACAGGUCUGGUCUGCUCCAGGGAUUAUCCCAGCGCUUUCAGGUCUGAUGGAGGACGUGCCGGCAUGAAUAGGGCUGUUGUGUCGUCAGUGCAAGCUCACGCCAGUGAUGGACUGCAGCCGGACGGACACUAACCUUAGCUGGCUUUCACGAAACAGCAUUCCUCUUUACUGAGACCAGCUCCACAGAAUGCUGAGUCCUAUUGUCCCCUAUAGCCUGUUGAAGAUGCACUGGAACCCAGAGCAUGCCCAGUCCCUCAGCCAGUGGCCUGAGCAGCACCUGGACGUCUCUUCCACCACCUCCUCUCCGGCCCACAAGUCGGAAUUAUACUCUGCCCGCGGCCGUGGUUCCCACAACUACGCCUGGGCCAACGACGACAUCUCUGCCCUCACAGCCUCCAACUUGUUGAAGCGCUAUGCUGAGAAGUACGCUGGCGUGCUGGACUCACCGUAUGACCGCCCUCCCGCUGUGGGCGCCUACCCGGAGCCAGCAGCCUUCGGGGCCCUCAAGACUGAGCUGGACCCCUGGCCACUGACGCACAGCAAUGACCCCUCCUACCCCCUGGUGCCCCCUGGAAGCCAUGACGGCCUCUCGGGCUCUAAGACUGUGGCCACAUCCGCAGGCCCUCCGGGGGUCGGCAGCGUGUCAGUGGUGAACAGUAAUCUGUCAGACUCUGGCUACAGUGGCAGCAGUUCCUGCAGUGGUUCCGGGGAGUACCCCUCUAGCUACAAUGGCACCUAUCUUUCCUCAGGGUUCUGUCCGCAACCCAGCCUAGCACUUCCCCCCACCUCCCUCCACACUCUCCAGUCCACCCCGACUCUAGUGGCCAGCUAUAGCCCUACCACACCUGUCUAUAACUACCCCCCUAGCACAUACCCUCCUCAGACCAGUCUGGCUCCCAGCUACAGUCACCCUUCUGCAACUUACCUUCCCUCAGGUCUACCGGCCCCUACUCCCGUUCCCUCACGACCCACUGUGGUAGGAGGCAGCUACAGCUACCAGAGCACCAACCUUGCGACAUCUGAGUCUGGAGGGACGUUGAAAAGAAAAGCAUUCGAGAUGACUGUUGAAGAGGAUGAGAGCGGGGACAGGUCUCGGUACAGGAAAUACAGCUAUGAGCCCUUGAAAGCUGGGGGAAACUCACCUUACAGUGUGAGUGACAAAGCAGAGUGCAGAGGAAAUGGCUUCGGCAGCUCAGGCAGCACAGACCCACAAACCUUCAAGCCCAGCAAACCCUCCUCUCAGCCCCUGGUGUCUCCUCAGUUUGGGACAGCUGGCGAGUACAGCCCUCCAGCGGGUAUGACAGGGGAGAAUGGCGUGGCAGAGCAGGGCUUCACCCAGCAGCAACAGCACCGCUCCCAGGCUCUGAAACGCCCUCCGUUAUGUAAUACAACUCUUGAGACUAUGAAGAGCCCAGAUCCCCGAAUGUUGGACCUUAUCAAUGGGGAGUUGUUGGACUGCAGCCCGGCCCUGAGCUGGGGUGAGCUGACUGGGCUCACCCAUGUGAAGACUGCCAUGGAGGAGGACCUGCUGUGGCCUGUGUUGAGGCCCAGCCCGAUGGUUCGGCCUCCAAGAACCGUCCUGUUGUUUGGCCCCAGGGGAGGGGGUAAGACGACACUGACUCGUUCAUUGGCUACACAGCUGGGGGCUUCCUUCUACCGCUUGAGUGGAGCCAUGCUCGCCUCUAAAGGGAAGCCUGAGGCUGAACACAUUCUGGGGUCUCUGUUGCAGGUGGCAGGGGCACGGCAACCUUCAGUGGUGCUCCUUAGCCAGGUGGAAGCUAUGGAAGAGGAGGGGCUCAGGCAGACACUGCUGACCACCCUGGAGAAAGCCCAGGCGGGGUCCACAGGUCUGCUGAUUCUUGUGUGCGCUACUGGAAGACCAGAUCUGCUGCAAGAUGCCGUUCAUCGCAGCUUUACCAAGCGAUAUCAUGUUGGCCUACCAGAUGUUGGUAUGCGCAGGCAGGUGCUUCUGCAGGCACUGUCCCCCCAAGGCUGUAGCCUGAGCGACAGGGAGCUGAACGCUGUGCUGCAGCGCACGGAGGGCUUCUCAGUGUGGGAGCUGCUGCAGCUCAGCCAGCAGGCGCUCUCCUCAGCGUCAUCCCCAAACGGGGCCAUGCACGGCCUCACAACAUCCUCCAAACUCCCAGACUUCACAGACUUUGAGAAUGCCUUUUGCAAGGUGCGGCCACACACCGCCACAAAAGAACUGGACACUUGUGUAGAGUGGAGCAAGAUGUAUAGCCACUGAGAAAGCAGCCGGUCACUGUACUCGGACUGCACCACAGCCCUGUCUUUGGUUUGUUCUAGCAAGCCUUGGGAAUGUUUUGAUGUUGUUUUGUAAUUACAGUUUAUGCAGCCAAAAGAGCCAGAGAUGCUCAACAAAACAGGAGAGCUGGCAAAGUUAUUUCACUGGCAAAAAGCAUGCCAUGAUGUGAUGUUUUUGUUUCGCUACAAAUACCCGCAAUAUUUAAUUUUUUUCCCAAAGAAAAGAAAGAUGGAUAGGCCUUUUGAGUGGUCGUUUGGCCAGUGGGAAAAUCAGAUAGCUAUUUGGAUACUCUCAGAGAUCCUGAUCAGCCUUGGUCCAAGACAAAAUCAAUUAUUUGUUGCGAGGUGACGUGGUCCAAGAAUAUGGAUAAUCAGGGUUUGGAAAAUCCCCCCUUUGGCUGCUACUCUCAGGAUCCUAUUUAUUACCAGUCCAUUUUCCAUGUUCUCCUAAUGUUGAUUUAGUCAUUGGAUUGUCACUAAUCAUUCAGUGCAAAGGGCUUGGGAUACGUUUGAGCAAACCACAGUUUUUGACCAAAAAAAACUUGUCAAGCCAAAUACACAAUCAGCAGUACUGUUAAAUUUAUCAAAAUGGACUGGACGUCAAAAUCACAACAUAAUAGCUUGUUACCAAAUCACGACACAGCAGCUGCUCCUGACUCUUUGGGGAAAAAAAUGUAAGAAAUUCAAACCCAGGAGUUAAAGUUGCUCAAGUAAAAUCUUCCUUCUCAUCCUUCUCAUACAUGCUUAUUUAAGUCACCAAUGGCACUAUGCUCCCACUUAACUCGGUACAGUUCAACUUGCUUCAUAUAUUAUUCACAUUCCACAUCAAAUGCAGUUUUCCUGAGAAUCCUACUUAGAGAUCAACGCCUCCUGCACAUCCAGCUACAGCAUGUCUGUUUGUUGUUUUUUUUGUUUUUUUUUCUAUUUCACGUACUCCUUUUUGUUUUCAUAGUAUGUAGUCUUGUUUGAAAUGCUCAGGAAGAAUUUCUUUACCUCAGAAAUAUGAAAUAAAGAAUGUAUGUAAUCUUAGGGUCUUAGUAGAGAGUGGCGCGGAGCGAGAUAAAGGAGCGAGGAGAAACCUGACAGUCUUGUAAUACCCACUGCAGCUGGGCUUUUACCUCGGGAAAGAAACUUGAAUAUGCUACAAAGAGUAACAUUGAAUGUAAUUCAGGUAUUUCAAAGGAUAUUUGAUGCCAUAAAUCCAUGUAUUAUUAUAUAUGAAUAUAUAAAUACGUUUUUUUCUGUUCUUUUACCCUUUGUUUUUAUUGUAGUUUAUGGUGGAGUGAUGAUUGUCUUCAAGAAAUGCUACGUAGAAUGAAGAAAAUAUUCCUUUUUUGUUGGACAAACUGCUUUCAAAUCUCCGUCUCAUCUCGUGUUUACACAUCCCGUAUAUGCAUGUCUGCUCUUCAUCGUUUUGCUGCCGCAACACUUCAUUUGAAAAUGUAAAUACAACACACACAAUCACACACGCGAAUCACCCACGGUGAACACCCGAGCACAAGACACCAUCCAAAAACACGGCAGCACACGCGCGAAAAAGAAGUGCGAGGAAGGUUUGUCGCUUUUAGCAGAUCCCAAAGUCUAAAAACAAAUCACAGCUGAUGAGUAAAUAUUGCGGAUGACAUGGAGACAAUCCAGAAGAAAAACUCUCCUUUUCCAGCAGCGCUACAGUUCUGUUUUAACAAGCUGGAAAAACCCAGUCACUGGCGUGCAAGAACAGAGGUCGUACAUAUUAGACUGUUGCCAUGGUCCUGAGGAGGUGUACACAGAAUGAUGUAAUAUUUCCUACCGUCCUCUCCUCUCUCUGUCUCUCCCUCCCUCUUGCCCUCAUCAUUCUUUUUCUCUUUUUCUCCCUCCCCAAUGCAAUCUCAUUAGAUUGGAUUGCCCCCCUGGCCACAAGCCCCAGUGACCAUGUGGCGCUGUAUCUUCUCCCCACCCCCUCCAACCUUCUCUUGUAUCUGGAGUGGAAAUGGUCUGAUUGAUGUCCGGCAAUCCUAUAUCAGAGUGCAGCCUUCCCUCUCCAGCUGGUGGCUUCAGUCAUGCCAUACAGCUGGAUCAAUCGCCGUGACCCCCACUGUGCAUACUGAUCACUGUCUCAGAAACCGAAAAACACAUUUACAAAUAACGUAACAGCCCUGGCUCCGAGCGGCAACCUUUGGGUAACGCUAGCGGUUCUUCUCGUGUAAUUACAGAAAUUAAAUAAUAAUGAUGACUUAGAACUUGAUUCCUCCUUCCCUCCGCUGACAGUUUGUCCAACAAAACAAGCUUUUUAUUUUGUACGUUUUGGUCUGUUACCGCAGCGACUUUUGUUCUUGGUUAUUGUACAUUUUCCGUAACCAUUUCUACCUCAUUUUUGCGGCAUAUUGUACAUGAAAGUAUUUAUUUCAUGUCUUUUUUGAUGUCUGUUUUAAAAAUGAUAAUAAUGUUCUUGAACUGUAAUAGUCUACCUCAGAAAAGACUGUAUUUUAAGAGAAAAGUAUCACACAAUAUUAAACUGAAUUUGUCAAUAUUGCA